CUCCCGUCCAGGUCGCCGGGAAGGAGCGGGCGUGGUCAGGGACGGAGCUGGGACGCAGAGGGAGCAGCGGGAGGUUCGGGACGGCAGCGCGGUCUGCAGAGUGAGGUACGCUGCCAGCGAGCGAGCAGCGUGGGGGACAGCGCCAGGACCCGCACCCAGCGCCGUCGACACCGACACCUGCCGGCUCCAGCCACCCACGGCUGGGCUGAUCCCAGCGGCUCCUGGACCUCAGACUAGCUAAACGUCAUGACGAGGCUGGGCCUGCGUUGGACACUGCUGGUGGCUGUCUUCAUCAAGGCGGUGGCGGCGCAGCGCGCCGACGACCAGAGCGGACCAACCGUGACGGACAUCGACGUCCAGUGCGAGCGAACCGGCAUGCGCGUGGAGAUUCAGUUCUCGGAGCGGUUCGACGGCAUCAUCUUCAGCAAAGGCCACUUCGCCGACCCCAGCUGCAGGUACGUGCCGUUCCAGAGCGGUGACACCAGCUACACGUUCGAGAUUCCGAUGACCGGCUGCGGCUCGCGGGCCAUCACGGACGACGGCCGCAUGGGCUUCGAGAACACCAUGAUUAUCCAGUCGGAAGAGGUGGUGCAGGAGCAGUGGGACUCGGCGCGGCGGCUCAGCUGCGAUUGGCCGGACCGGGUCGAGAAGCUGGUCACCUUCAGGCCGAUCGCUGUCCAGAUGCUGGAUGCCACAGAGGCGCGCUUCGCUGGCGAUGACGUCACCUGCUGGAUGGACAUCCAGCUGGGGCGCGGUCCGUUCGCAGAGUCGGUGGACGGGAUCGUGCGCAUCGGCGACGAGCUGACGGUGGUGCUGAUGGCGCAGGCCGCCGCCGGACAGAUGGACAUGGCCGUCAAAAACUGCUACGCCUAUGACGGCGAGAACAUCAGUGACCCGCGCACCACCGUCCUGCAGCUGACCGACGACGACGGCUGCCUGCUCAAGCCCAAGCUGAUGGGCUACUUCCGCAAGACGCGACAGACGGGCAGCACGGGCGCCGACAUCCUCGCCUUCGCGCGCAUGAACGCCUUCAAGUUCCCCGAUCGCAUGGACGUGUACCUGGCGUGUGAGGUCGAGUUCUGCAAGGGCCGCUGCGAGCAGGGCUGCGACAGCGACGACGCGCCGCGCGGCUUCCAGGAGGACGGCGACCGGGAGGAGGAGGACGAGGCCGAGGAGGACAUCAAGGAGAUCAUGGCUGACAAGGAGUUUAUGGCCGAGAUGCGGCAGACCAUGCGCGACCCGCAGGCGGUCGACGCGAUGCUGCGGACGGGCGAGGUCACCCCCGACAUGGUGGCCCUCUUCCAGAUCCAGGAGGUGUGCCCCGAGGCCGGCGGUGACCCCAUCUGCAGCAUGAUCGAAGCUAUGACCGGCGCGCAGGCGUCGACGGCGUCGGCGGCCGAGACGACUACGGCGCGCGAGGCACCCGACACCCGCGGGAUGACCUUCUUCGCGCCGGAGCCGCGCGCCGACGCCGGCCCGCCGCCGCCGAUGGUCGGCCCCACCACGCUGCCGCAGCCGCGCUCCGUCCAGGACAUCUUGGCACGGCUGCGUGAGCCGACCAGGGCGGCGCCGCGCGCCGGGCGGCCCUGCGCCAUGGACGACUCCGCCUGCGCCAUGGACGACAUCCGAAACGAGUUCUCGACCAUGCGCUCGGCGGGCAGCAGCCGCAGCCUGUUCAGCGUGUCGUACGCGCCCAGCGGCAACCGGUACCGCAACGGUGCGCGCGCCACCCGCAGCGCCGCAGAGAAUAUGUACUCGGAGUAUGUGUAUAAGUGA